AUGUUCAUUCUUAUGGACAAGAACAGCUUUGUCUAUGGCAAGAUCAAGAGAUUCUGUGAAUGCAAGCUCGGUAUUCCUUCUCAAUGCGUUCAGUACGCUCACGUUCAGAAGGCUCAGCCCCAGUACAUCUCGAACGUGUUGAUAAAGUUUAUUGCCAACUUGGGCGGCUUCACCAACACCGCCUUUGCUCAGCAGACUGUUAAGGGCAUCCUCGACAACACUACCGUCGUUAUUGGCGCCGAUGUUUCUCACUCUCCUCCCGGUCUCAAGGGCCCAUCUAUGGCCGCCAUGACUGUCUCGAUGAACCUCUAG